AUGGCUUCGUACUCUACCUCCGUCGCCAGGAUCCCCGACCUGGGCCCCUCGCCCGCCGAUGCCGCCUCCAAGCCGCACCACGUCAAGAAGAACGGCGCAACCGUCGGCUUCAAGAACGUCCACCCGUCCGCCGGUGACCCCGUCGGACCUUGGGAGCUCAUAAAGCACGUCGUCUGGCCGAGAUUCACCGGCGCGUUGCCGUCUCCCGACACGACACCCCCGACCGUCUCCGUCGUCAAGCCUGACUUCCUUCCCACCCGCACCGCCUCCAACAAGCUCCGCGCGACCUGGCUCGGCCAUGCCUGCUACUACGUCGAGUUCCCUUCCGGCCUGCGCGUCCUCUUCGACCCCGUCUUCGAAGACCGCUGCUCCCCCUUCUCCUUCAUGGGCCCCAAGCGCUACACCCCCAAGCCCUGCGACCUCGCCGACAUCCCCUUCGUCGACGCCGUCCUCAUCAGCCACAGCCACUACGACCACCUCUCCCACGAGUCCGUCCUCACCAUCCAGAAGCACAACCCGAAAGCCCACUUCUUCGUCGGCAUGGGUCUCGAGUCGUGGUUCAAGAAGGCCGGUCUGAAGAACGUGACGGAGCUCGACUGGUGGGAAGACGCCGAGAUGACCCUCUCCGUCGACAAGGGCACCGCCGACGAGCCCGAGACCAUCACCGCCCAGAUCUCCUGCCUCCCCUGCCAGCACACCUCCGCCCGCACGCCCUUCGACAAGGACGAGACCCUCUGGGCCUCGUGGGGCGUCAAAUCGGGCGGCAGGUCCGUGUGGUUCGGCGGCGACACCGGGUACCGCGCCGUGCCGUACGUGCCCCCGAGCGUCGACGACUACGGCCCGGAGUUCGCGUCCCUCCCGACGUGCCCCCAGUUCAAGCAGAUCGGCGAGCACCGCGGGCCUUUCGACCUCGGCCUGAUCCCCAUCGGCGCGUACUACCCCCGCGUCGCCUUCUCGCCCAUGCACGCCAACCCCUUCGACUCGGUCGAGAUCUUCGUCGACACCAAGUGCCAGCGCGCCAUGGGUAUCCACUGGGGGACGUGGGCGCUGACCAUGGAGGAAGUGCUGGAGCCGCCGAAGCUCCUCCAGUUGGCCAUGAAGCGCAAAGGUCUUCCGGAAACGGGGGUGUUCGACAUUUGCGAUAUCGGUCAGAGCAGAGAGUUCUGA